AGAAUCUAAAGAACUUACCCGACACAUCUUUGGAAAAUCCCGCGACUAUACAUGCCCAUUUUCAAACUUGGGAAAUGGUUUUUUUUCUAAUCUAUUUUUCUCUUGCCUUAGGAUAGACCUAAUUUGUUCAGUUCCCACUCGUAUACGUUCCCCCAAACCAAAGGAGAUGCGUCCUCGAUUCCUUUAGCGGGAAUGCAAUAAAACACCAGGAUAUGUUGAAUUUUCGCUGUAGCGUAGGGCCUAGACGUCUGCUAAGUGCUAAUAGAGAUUGUGACUUUAUCGAAAAAUUGCAUGAGACAUUUAGCUCAAGUUCACAUGCUUUUAUUUUGAAAUCUGAUAUUGAUGAAUCUCGUGGCACAUUGACUUCGAAUCCUUAUCAACACAAUCAACAAAUCCUUGUUCUUCCACACAUCUUGAUAGGACGGUGCAGCUCUUGAGCCGUUGAGUUCCAAGCGAGACAAUAUUAGCCUCUAUCCAAACUCUGUCCCCUAGACUGACAGAGUUCUUGAGCUUUAGCCAUGACAGCCAUAACAACAGGGUCUCAAGCUGGCCAUGACACUUUCGACGCGCUCAACAUCGAAUACGAAAAAGCUUAUCGCAACAACCCAUUCAAGAUCGCCGCCAUCAAAAAAGCAAUAAAAUUGCUCCACCCCGCAUCAAAAGUUCUCGAUGUAGGAUGUGGCACCGGGGUACCGGUUUCAGAGCUGUUAGCUGCAGCCGGUCUGGAAGUUGUUGGUUUUGAUAUUGCACCCAAGAUGAUUGAAUUUGCUCGCCAGAGAGUCAAGGGUACCUUCUCCGUUUCGGAUAUGGUGCAAUAUAAAGUCGAAGAUGCGUUUUCGGGAGUCUUUAUGAUAUUUGCACAUCUUCAACUUUCCUAUGCGGCGGUUCAUGCAGCUGUGUACAAAUACGUUUGUGCACUCGAACCGGGGGGAAUAUUUGUGUUUGGUCAAAUGCCAAGCGAUACAUAUGUUAGAGAGGAGGAUAAUGCCUAUGAUGAAACGAGAACGUAUGUUGAGGAUUACAGUGCACCGUUUAUGGGAGAGCCACUUCCAACUUUUAUGAUGAGUGAGCAAGGACAACGAAAUUUCUUGACGAGUAUGGGGUUGGAGAUUGUGAGUGAGACUGUUGAUGAGUUUCAACCGGACAAUGAGAAGUGCGAACCCGAGAAGCAGCAAUAUAUCAUUGCGAGGAGACCGGUGGAUGGAAAGAUUGUAGAGCCACAACCACUUCCAAGAAGGAACUAGCUACUCUUGAGAUGGCCAAAAAAGUGUCAAUUAAUUUAUGCAAGUCAAACAUAAAAUGUAA